AUGUCUUCAAGCAAUCCGAGAUUAAGUAAACUUCCUGUUCAUAUCAAUGUCCUUAAUUCUCCGCGUAAGAUACGAUCUGCCACAGCUUCUUCCGCAAAAAAACUCGCUAGUAUUUCUACUUCUGGUAAUAAGAUUUUUAGUUCUGCUAACAACAACACUUCUUUAAAGAAAAAUGAGUCUUUAAAGAGAAAAAACAACGAUUCCGCAAAAGAAAAUGGCAGAAAUGUAAAAAAGGUGCCGUUUGUUUCAGACUAUUCAGCACGCGUUCCUUUGAAAAAAAGCACAACUACGGUUCCUUUGAAAAAAAGCACAACUACGGUUCCUUUGAAAAAAAGCACAACUACGCGCGGACGAAUACAAUAUCCUCCUCCCCCCGCUCCUUUGCCAAAACCACCUUCCCAAAUCGAACUCCUAAGAGACGAAAAUUCUAAACUCAAAAAACAAUUUGAAGAGCUACAUAAUGAAAAAACUGAGAUAUCUGCUGAGAGCACACAACUUCAGAAUGAAAUUCAAGAGGAAGAAUGUGUUAAAAAAGAAUACAUAACAGAUAUUGACCGGAUGAAAAAACGUGUAGCAAAUGAAGAGGCUCAUGUUAAGGAAAUUGAAGACAGCAUUGCGAUUCUUCAACGAAAUCGUAAUGUUAUGGUAGAAAACAAUUCUAAAUUAACAUCUGAAAUGAGAGCUUAUAGAAAUGAAGUGGAAAAGGCAAACGAAAGUAUUGCCGAACAAAACAAGAAGAUCAUAAAUAACACAAACCAAAUUCAGGAGUUUACUUCUAAAUUACAAGAAUAUGAGCGUCUUCGUCGAAAACUUCAUAAUGAUGUUCAAGAUCUUAAAGGAAAUAUACGUGUUUUCUGUCGCGUUCGUCCAUUACUAGAGUCAGAAACACAAAAUAUCGCCAAUUUCAAAUUUCCAAAAGAAAUACCAUUCAAUAGAAAAAUCUCCCUUAUAUCAACCAAGACAAAUUAUUUAGGUGAAAAAAAAGAAUCCCUUAAAGAAUAUCAGUUUGACCAGGUGUUUGAUACUUUAGCAACACAGAAAGACAUUUUUUCUGAGGUCGCACACAUCGUUCAAUCGGUUGUAGAUGGUUAUAACGGGUGCAUUUUUGCAUAUGGCCAAACUGGGGCUGGCAAGACAUACACAAUGACAGGUCCUGUUAAUGCAAACCCUGAAACCGAAGGGAUGAUCCCUCGAGCGGUCCGCUUAAUUUAUGAACUCAUUCAAGAUUUAAAGACGCAGUGCUGGAAAUUUACAUUGGAGGGACAGUUCAUAGAGAUAUACAAUGAUAACAUUCGGGACUUACUUGUUGCUGAUCCGUCUAGUACAAAUGGCGUUAAGCAUAAAACAAUUCAUGAUGAACGGACUGGGACAACAAGAAUUUCAAAAGCCACUACUGGUAU